ACCAAUACCAAUAAAUAACAACCAUCCAAACAAGUGGAGUGUAGUGGAGUAGAGCAUAGUCUUUUUCAGUUUUUCCACACCUCUCACUUGCAUCCUUCCUUCUUCUGUUUCUCUCAAUUUCUUCCCUUUUUUAUCUUCUCUUCAACACUCUCUCCCUCUCUUUCUCUACAAAAAUCAAAAUUAAUUUUCUUGAAUUCUCCAUUGUUAUCUUCAUCCCCUUUUUACUGUUCACAGCAACCAUGCCUGUUGUAUUUUUAGAAACUUCAGACCAACUUAGAUACAGAACACCCACAACUCAAAACCAUCAAGAAUCUCAAGAAAUGGAUCCAAUUUCUUCUUCUUCUUCUCGUUCCAGUAAACCCACCACCACUAUUUCCUCUCUACUUCUAGCACCAUUUUCUCCUCCAAGUCCUACUCAUGAUACCCCAACUACCUCCACCCCUGCAGUUUUCUCCACUAAAAAGAAAAACUUUGCUACAUUUAGAGGACUGGGUUGUACUGCUUCGCCACAAGUGUCGGUUCCUGCUGUGAUCAGAACUUCAGCUGACUGGGAUUCCAAAAGGGUCAAGAAGAAAAAACACAACGGUAGCAAGAACGGAAAAUCCGUUAGUUCAUCUGUUAACGUAGGAAUUGGAUGUAAUAAUGCUGUACAGAAUAAUGCAUCAUCUUCUUCGUCGAGCUGCGUGGCGGUUCCUGAUGUUUGGUGUGGUCCUGGAAUUGGAUUAACAACUGAUGCUGCUUCUGUUGAUUGUGUUGUUUCAAGAAGACCUAUCUCUGGUAGGGGAAGAAUUGAAAGUGACAAGGUUAUGACUAGAGAGCGACCGACUUGUCCUAUACGACGAAUGGUGAGUGCUGAAGACAACCCUUUUCUGGAUAUAGAAAGUAACCUUGGUAUACCACGCUCCCAAAUAGAGUUAUUUGCAUCUAGGCACCAUCGACAUUCUCGCCAUGGUUAUUCAGAAGGGCUUGCAGAGAUUGUGAUGCUUCAAAAUAGUCUUAUGGGAGGAAGAACAGAUGGUCUUGAUCGAUAUCGGAACUGGAGACUUGACGUGGAUAACAUGUCCUAUGAGGAAUUGCUGGAACUUGGUGACAGAAUCGGAUAUGUCAGCACAGGAUUGAGAGAACACGAGAUAGCACAAUGCGUUAGAAGAACCAGACCCUUCUUUUUGAGUAAUUUAUCUCUUAUUCGCACAGAAUUGGAAAGGCAGUGCACCAUCUGUCAGGAGGAAUAUGAGGCUGAGGAUGAGAUGGGGAAGCUGGAUUGUGGACACUUCUAUCACAUUCGUUGCAUAAAGCAGUGGCUGAGUCAAAAGAAUAGUUGCCCAGUUUGCAAAACUGCAGCUAUGUCUAGUAGCUAGACAUCAAAAACAAUUUCACCCCUCAUGAACCUGUUGUUCUUUUUGUAUAGCUUCUUCUGGCAUCCUUACGAGCAAGAAAAUUCUUUACAGGGUGUGUCUAUCCUCUACUUAUUUGAUUACUGAAAGUGACGGUUCUGUUAUUCGAGUGGCAAUCCAAUGUGGAUGGAUUGGAAGCUUGAAAAAGUAUUAGGCUUCUGGUUUGAGUACAGUGAUUGAAUGGUAAAAAUCUACAAAUUUUACAUGUACUGCAGAAAAGUUUCUGCUAUUCCAUGUCAAGGUUGAUGUGGUGCUAUUAUGCAAUUCUGUUUUUUCA